GAUAGGCGCAGAACUCAAGAUGUUGGACUGUGAAUUGGAAGCCUUAGCAAAUCCUUCUCGCUGGCAGGAGUGUCUUCCGCCAAGGACGUCUGAAGCCACGAGCCUUGAUUCUGUAAUCGGGCCAAGUACCUGGAAGAGACUGCCCAAUGCCGUUUUGCUCCAGCUGAUCCUUCUAAAGCUGCAUUGCCCCAUGCUUGGCAGCAUGGUUACGCCGGUCCAAGGUGAUCUAGGGCAGACCGCGGCGACACCUCCGCACGAUGCCUCAGACUCAGAGGAGGAGGACGACUCCUUCGUUCUCCAGAGAACUAGCACGGUGAAAGACGGCCGGUCUGCACCUGCAUCGGGCGAAGCGGCCGAUGACAGUGCCCUUCGAGCCAAUCCAGGCUUUCGAGUAAAGAACACCUUCAUCCAUGUGGAUGAAGAGGUCGGCACCGGGAUGGGACGGACAGAGUCCGAUCAGUUCGCGGCCACGCGAACGCAGUCUGAUCCCUCAGGCAGCAACGUGCGUUUGCCACGUUGGCCUUCCAGGCAAGCGCCCAGAGUUCCGGCCGUGCCGGAAGAUUCGUCCGAGGCACCGGCCGAGUCAGAUUCGGACGAGUCUGGCGAACAGCGGACGCACAAGGAGCUGGAGAGGUUCGAGACUUGGGACCAUUUUGCUGCCCAAGCUCACGGCUACGCAGGGUCACUGCCCAUGCCGGGCGCAGAUGUCCCUCCGAUGAUGCCAAUGAUCCCAGUUGGGAUGCCUCAGGAGGGCUACCAGAUGCCGGCUGCCUUUGGUUGGCCCGGUGCUUCUGACCAGAUGACGCUGGCACCUUCAACCGGGCCGGCUUUCGGCCUCGUGCACAGCUUCCACAAAGAGGUCCGGGGUUUCGGCCUUGCCAGCCCUGAUCUCCGACAAUUUACGAAGGGUCAGGAUUACGAGGGCAGAUUGUCCGUGAUCUCCGGGUCUGAGGUGCAGAGAGGUGGUGUUCAGAAAUAUUUGAUGCAGUUCUCAGACGGGGAGCUCACGAAAGCAGAUGGUGUCGGAUUCGUGUUUGCAUCACGCGUGCCGUGUGCAAAGAACAUUCAAAAGAUCGUGUCAGUCUUCGUGAAUCAGCGCGGGCGAAUCUGCAUGCGUGUCUUCGGCGACAUCCUGAAAGCGAAGAAGCACGUGCGGGCGCUGCAGGUGGGUGACUGGAUCGAAAUGGCAAUCGACCUGGAGAACAGCAUCGCCACUUUCAAGGUGUGGUCGUACGAGACAGUCGCUUCUGGCUACAUGCCCAUGGAGCCAGACUCCACUGCCGAGUUCCACUACGGGAAGAGGCUCGCACAAGCAAAUCAGCUUUCUGCAAAGCCGGCCACUCCUCCGCAGUGGCACACGAAGGCUCCGUCCACAGAAGUUAUGUCCCCUGGCAUUGAGGUGAAGCUGAACGUGGGUCAUUUUGCCUGCGUGAUUCAAAAUGUCGGAGUUACGGACUUCAAGGAGCCCGCACAGCCGCUGAACGGCCUGGAGGCGCCCCGUUCCCGUCGCGCAGUGGACGUGGUGAAGUACCUGUGGGAGGAAGCACAGUGGGACCAGGUAGAUCCUGUUGGACGCAUAAUGGCAGAGUUCAGCGAGGACUGCGUAUACGAGGACCUGUCGCGCGAGCAGGAAGCCUUCGUGGGCUUCGAGGAAGUGAAGAGGUAUCAGCAGGAGACCAAAGACAGCACGCCUGACAAUCUGAGGUUUUUCUUGGAUGAGGUCACUGAUGGCGACAAGGCCUGCACAGUUCUGUGGCACGUAGAGUUCAACUCGCGUAUGUCCCCGCGUGGCGUCAGCUACUACGAGUUGAACGAGGAGGGCAAG